UUAGCCCAGCGUUAGCUUUCUAUACUUACUUCUCUUAUCUUUAACGUUGACACAUAUGUACGUCGACUCAUUGACGUUUCUUGCUGUUUUGAUAUAAAUUAUAUCCUGAGGGGUGUGUAUCAUUUAAUCAAUCGGAACAUUCCAUCUUAUUUUACAUUUUAACAAACUUCAAAUUAAGCUAUACAUAAUGGACGGUUUUGGCGAUAAUUUUACCAAUGGUAUCGAAGUAGAUCCGGCCGCCGAAUUUUUAGCUAGAGAACAAGAUCAACUUGCUGGUCUUGAAGAUGAAAUUCCUCCAGUAGUAAUGACUACUUCAACACAGCCAGCAACAGCUCCAACUGUAGAAGAUGAUUUAUCUGGAAACUUUGAAAACAUGACAGUCGAAUCCGGUGGGAAUGGCACCGGAAGCUUCGAGAUGAUUAAUUCCGUCGAUCAACCAAGUGAUACGUUUUCAGCUCCAGAACCUACACCUGCUCCAGUUGUUAAAGAAGAACCUGAAAAAAUAAGAAAAUGGAGAGAAGAACAGGCCAAAAGACUUGCAGAAAAAGAUGCUGAAGAAGAAAAGAAGAAAGAAGAAUGGAAAAAAGCUGCAAAAAAAGAACUAGAAGAAUGGUACAAACAUCAUGCUGAAACUACUAGCAAAACGAAAGCCACCAAUAGGGAAUCUGCCAAGAAUGCCGAGAAACAAUUCGUCGCAGAAGCAGGUGAAGUAGAACCAGGAACAGAAUGGGAACGUAUUGCGAAACUUUGUGAUUUUAAUCCAAAAUCAUCAAGAAUCUCUAAGGAUGUGUCAAGGAUGCGUUCUAUAAUUUUACAAUUAAAACAAACACCACCAGCAACCACAUCAAUCAAUGCUUAAUUUAUUAAAAAAAAAUAUAACUAACAUUGAAAAAAUAAAAUUCGUUAAAAAAAUGACAA